AAGUUUUUAAAUUUUUAAAAAUUAAAACUAAAAACUAAACUAUAAUCAUAGGAAACAGAACAUAAUAUUUUUUGUUCAAUAAAAAAAAAAAUAGACGCAUAGAGUAAGAGAUUACUUGUGGUAUCGACUAUACUUGGGGUGUCGGCGAUAGUUGGGGUGUCGAUGAUACUUGUGGUGUUGACGAUGGCCAUUAGAAUGUUGCAGACGAGCGUUGAUGAAGCCAUGGAAACCAAGUUUAUGGAGAGAAAGCUAUGGAUCAAAGGAGGGAUGCAUUACCACACCCACUCCUUUUAGCUUGCCUUAUAUUGACGCCUAAAUUUGGUGGAAAAGUCUUCAACGACAAAUAGAAGCUUGCGUCACUC